CCCCCCCCCCACUGGCCGACGGCCGGCGUGGACGCACGUGCGGUCCAGAACCCGGAGGCCGACAGCACGGCCCGUACGUGCUCCGUUCUGCCACUGCUAAUCUCUUCUGCCAUUCCGUUGCCGGUGCGCCACCCUCCUGAUCUCGUCUCCUGCCGUGUUGUUGCUCCAUUCCUCUCGGCCACCGCCAUCGCCAUCGCCAUCGCCGCCCCCGCUGCGCCGGAGGCGUGCCGGCGGAGCGGAGCGCUGAGGCCUAAGCCUUCCCGUCCUGGGUUACGUUACGCCUGUGCCACCGACGGCGAUUCAACCGAUCGGUCAUCGCGUUUUACGACCCUGAAUUUUCUUCUUCUUGGCUUGCCUCUGGCUUAUUCUGCUGCUUGCCGGGCUCCCUGAAUUUUCUUCUUCUUGGCUUGCCUCUGGCUUUUUCUUCGUCUUGUUGUGCUCCUGGGGCUCUUCACGCUUCCCAGAUCCCGGGCUCCGAUUGGAUCACCGGCUGCCAAAAGAUUUGUGUCGGCAAUCGAGAGAGAGGGCAUGCCAUGGGUGUUGAGGCAAAGCAAGAUUCUUUAUGCAGUAUCAAGAAAGCUCUGAGGUGUUCUAUCAGAACAAGCUGGAGAUGUGCUUCUGAACAUCGGGCGUUAUUCAGUGCAUUCCUACUGCUCUGCCUUCUGUACAAAUCUUCACCGGGUUUCUUUGCUUUCCUCCUGUCCUCUUCUCCUGUAAUUAUAUGCACCACCCUUCUCCUUGGUGUACUGCUAAGCUACGGUAGCACUCACCUUCCAGAGAUCGAUGAAGACAGGAAGGCUCCUGCAGAUAUUUCAACUCCCAAGUUUGGGUGUUCUUCCAGAAAUGUUCAUCUCAAAGCAUAUCAGAGAUUUUCAGUGCCUGCAAUCAAGGAUAACAUAAUCAGGGAUGCAAGUUUUGGUAGAGCAAACAGUAACAAGCAUAUUGAUCCGGAUGAGAGUCUUCCUCUUCUGAAGAGAGUUGAUCAACAAGAUGAGAGAGUUGAUGCUGCAGGUGGUAGACUUGAUAAAAUGCUCACUUCUGUUCCUUUCAUCGAGACACUGCAGCACGAGGUUGUUAAGAAGGAAUACAUGAAAGCUUAUGCAAAAAAAGAGUCCAAAGAUGCAUUUUCUAGUAAGGGUAAGGACAAUGAAUAUGCUAACUUGUUCGAGGAUGUACAUCAGUAUAGAGUUGAUGGGAAAGAGACAACCUUUCGUCUACACUCUUCAAGUGAGAAUGUUAGGGAAGACGUUGAAACGGUGGCAAAGCCAAAUCAUCAAGGGAGAGUAUUUAUAGAUGCACGGAGGGGUGAGGUGGCAGAUGUUUCAGAACAUAAGGCUGUCGAUGGAUCAGCAGGUAAAUGCAGAUGGGGUCGUGCUUUUUCUGUGCGUCAGAGGAAGAAACUUGCUGAUAUAAAGAUCGAGGCUAUUAAUUCUGUUGUGGACGACCAAUUAGAUUGUUCUCUAUGUUCACCAUUCACUGGAGUUGGCAGCCAUGAUUGUUCACCAGGUUUUGACCCUGAUAAUGCAGAGAGAUACUCUCCUGAUGUUUCUACGACCAACACUGCUCCAGUGCUCGAUGUGACCGAGACUGACCCUCUUUUAUGUGCUAAUUUCUCUUGUCCUGAUCCCAUUAAUAAUGAUGAUUUAGACAAUCAUUCCAACAUCUCCUCUCAGAACUCUCAACCUGACAGUGAUAGUAAUGAUGUGGCUGACAAUAGCAAGGCCAAAGAUGAUGGUGAGGAGAAGGAUGCUGGAAAUGAGCCUGCAUUCUUGUGGACAGCUGAUGACGAGAAGAAUGCCAUGGAUCUUGGGUACUCCGAGAUGGAAAGGAACCGUAGGUUGGAGAUAUUGAUGGCCAAGAGAAAAUCAAGGAAGCACAUGGACGUUGGCGGUAUCGCGGAUGAUUUAUCAUCUUUCCGUCCGCAAGUUCUGCUUAUUUCAGCACCACGGAUGAACCCAUUUGCUGAUGAGGCAGAAAUGCCUGGCUCGGCUCCUCCUAUUCUGCAUCCACGAAAGAGUCCUUUUGAUUUCCUUACCGAACAACCAAAUGACAAUGGUGUCCCUGCAUGUCAUAAUCUGAACUCCCAGAAAUUCAUGCCAGAUUCACAUCAAGACAUGCUCUUCAAAAGGCACGAAAGCUUCAACCUCGGCAAACUGCAGAGACAUGUCCCUCAGUUCAAGCCAUGUUUUGUCCUUGAGGAAUUUAACUCCGAGGAAGCAAGCAGAAGCAAUUUUCAGAGGCAGUUCAGUGACAGGAGCGUGUCUAGAUUGAGCGUUGUUUCUGAAUGCGACACGGUUUCUUCGGUCGGUGAUCAAGACCACAAUGAACUCAUAAGGAAUUACAUCCGUGGGGUACGGGAAUCACCUAACCUUUUAAGACAGGAUAGCGAUCUUGUAUAUACUGGAAAUGAAUGCUCAGAUGAGAUCAGUUUCUUGGACGAUGAAUCUUUGAAUGCUAUCAUCUGCUGAUGAAUGGAUAUGAUCACACGGGCCAUUGGAGAAACAGAUUGUGACUGAAAAGCGGAGGAGCUUGCUGCAGCCUUUGCUUAUGAUGCAUACUUCUUUCUUACUUGCUUUCGUCUCUUCACUCGUCUGACAGGGUUUGCAUUCUUCUGGUACAUUUACUCCGUUGAAAACAUAAAGUUUUUAUGUAUAUUGUCGUGUGCUUCUGGAUAAAAAGAUCAGAUGCCAGAAGGUUGUUGUGUGCAUAUACACAAAAUCUAGCACUUGAUUGUGUUUGUUUGUA